CAGUCCUGCUGAACUUUGUCUUUCUUUGCCCGGCCAGCCCUGCAUCCUCCUCUGCUCCCAGCACUGGUGAGGGCAGCCUGCCAGCCUGCUUAGCAUUCGACUCUCAUGGCUGGAAGCAACUGUGGCUGCUAAGGAGCUGAGCUUGGCGGCUGCGAACAUAUCGGUCCAGUGUCCUCCCCAUCCUGGCUUGUCAUAUGAUUUCUCCUAAGGGAUAACCGCUGAGCAGGACCACGUCUCCAAGCUGAUCUUUUGCUGAUAAGCCGGCUGCCAAGUCUCCAGCACUAAGACAAAAGAGUUUUUCUCUUCCCAGCGGGUUUUUCUGCUGUGAAUGACAGAGGAAGGGAGACAAGUGAGCUGCCAGGCACUCCUCGCAGGCAAGAAGCUUCAGGGGCUCCUUUCCCCGUGCUGUGCUGGUAGACCAUGGAGCUUUUCAAGCUGAGCCUGGGCUGUAUUUGCCUCCUUCCUUGGCUUGAGGUAGCAGAGGGACAAGGCUUCUUCAUAAGGAACACCCGUCUGGAAAAGUGCAUUCAUGUCUCCCACCGUGAGACCAAUGCCAUCAGCCUGACCGACUGCAAGCUGCACUCCCAGCAGCAGCAGUGGAGCUGGGACCCUGCCACUGGGACCAUCGUCAGCCUUCAAACAAAGCAGUGCUUGUCAGCCCACAAGACGCGAGAGUAUGCCCUGGUCAAGCUGGAGCCCUGCGGGAACUGGGAACGCCAAGCAUGGUCCUGCAGUAAGAAGGGACACUUGACUCUGCAGAACUUGGGCUUCCACCUCAGCACCAAGGAAGGAGGCCACAAGGUCUUUGUCUCAAGGGAGAAGGACAAAUUCAGCAGGUGGAAGACUUUAGCAGAUGAAACCAUCUGUGCUGCUGCCUGGACAUCAGCUCCAAGGUCCAGCAAACCAACGCAACAAGCUGUAGAUACACGAGUGUGGAGCUAUGAAACUAAAACUAUCAAUUCAUCAAAGGUCGAUGCUGUGGACAGACAAUCUUCUGUUGGCUUGACUGACUCAUCUCUGGCUAACAAAUUUAACAGCACAGCAUCUCCAGUGAAGACCAAACAGGCAUACCUCCCAGCAAACGAGGACGUGUCCCACAAUCACUCUAAAAAGCACCAUGGAAAUCGAGGGAAAAAUGCUGGGGCCAGGCUUGCAGGCACCAACUGGAAGACAGCCAUGCUGGUCCUCAGCCCCUUGGCAUUCAUACUGGGAUUAAUAAUACUGACGCUCAACGUUCAUUACAACAAGAAGAAGAAAAUCCUCUCUGCUUUGAAGAGCUCUCCAGACAACAGCAGCAGAACUGACCUGCGGGAGCCAUCUCCCUUACGAAGAGGUCCCCAGCAGUACCUUCCACCAUCUCGCUCCCCUUCCUUGAGACAUGGAGAGAUCCUCAUUGAGUGGAAAGAUGGGACGGUCACUCCUCUUUUUGAUAAUGCCAACUAUCAAAUGGACUAGCUUUGAAAUAACAGGGCUGCUGUUCCACCCUAUGUCACCCUUCUCACCAGGAAGAGUGCCACCAUAGCUGAUCUCCUCCCUAGCCUUGCUGUUUUGACGGGGAGUUGUAAGCGCUGUUUGGUUUCUUUUUUUAACACUUGAGAACAAUCUCCUUGCAGAGCACGAGGUUGCAGCAAGCAGAGCAGAUUGUUUCGUUUGUAUAGGCACACGCUGCUUUGCUCUUUCAGAGCUGAUUUAACCUAUAAAAAACCCCAGAUUUAGCUAAACGAAGGCAAGACUCUCGCCAGCUGCAACUGUCCAUUGCCCUGAGAUUUCUAGAGUUGCUGAGUGUAUGAGAAAGUAAAUCCUUGGAGACAAGCUGUAAGGUGAAAAACAGAAGCCUUGACGAUCCUUAAAUCCUUUCUAAGAUAAAACUAGCUGCCAACAGACACAGAAGGCUGUCAAUUACUUUGUCAGUGUGAGAACACAACUAAUAAGCAGUGCCUUCAGGACUCUACAGUUUAAAAAGCCUCCUCCAGAUAUCUGCCAAAAUACUCCCCCCCCAUUAUCGAUUCAGUAAUAGCAAGUAAUUUUUCUAACUUAAAAGGUAGCACUCCAUCGUCCUCUCUGCAUCACUGCAAGAGUCCUGCUGAGAGAGUGUGUCUCAAAAUACUUCCAUAUCUAGGAUGUAUUAGACCUCCUAUAACACACAUCCUCUUUCUCUAUGUAGAAUGACAAGUAACAUUGAUGAUGCUUGUCAGGGGUAUUACAUUAUCCAGCCAUUUUAUACCAGCUUCUGUCUCUGAUUUCCUGCAGUUAUGUGGACAGUCAGUGAACAGAUACACUGCUCCCAUCUAGAGCAGUAGUACCACUUUUUUCUAAACAGGAGCAAGGCACUUUUUUCAGCCUUUGCACUUCUUGUAUGAGCAUAAUUACUUGUGACCCAUCACACUCAGUCUUGACCUUUUCUCAGUGACACUUGCAAUGUCUCAGUGCUUUCCUAAUAUUCAUGAAUUUACCCUUUCCUUCUCUCUCCCAUAAUGAUCUUUCCCAUCUUUCCCAUAAUGAUGGCUAUAAAUCAGGAAUUAUUUGGAGAAGGAAAUACUAACACCAAGAAAUGACAAGUAUGAACUGCAUCAGUAUAUUUGUUCAGCAGUGCAAGGGAAACUGUAUCCUAACCACAUCCUAACCUGUCUCUUACUCAGACAGACAACUCUUUUCGCUCUACCUAAAUUAACUUGUGCCAUUUCAGUGGAGCUUGGACUUCUCUAGAGUUCAAAUUUAUUUAACCUAAGGCAGAAGUAAGUUCUCUAUGGAAUUUAAAGUCUCUGGGUUUUGUUUUGUUUUGUUUUUAAAAUUUUUCUUCUUAAACAUAGAUCCACAACCUGGCGAGAAGUUAAUUGGCACAAGAUAUUAUUAUAACUAUAAACUUGGCUGGUCCCAAGAAAGGAAAUACAAACUUUAUUGGUUCAGGGCAUAAGAAUCAUAAAGGUUGGAAAUAAAUGUCUUCCCCAGGAAGACUAUUCCAUAAUUACUUACUGGAGGGUUUCCCACAAGCUUCUUGGGAAAAUAUUUUACUACUAGACUGGGCAGAGGAAAAACUCUUCACCAGUGAGCAGCAAACACAAACAAGAGUCAGAAUUAAAUUCUGACUUUCCAAUAUUCCCACUUUAAAACAAAUCCAAAGACUUCAGGGUCAAGUUUCCAAGUGUGUAAGCAUCAUUUUGCAGACAACAUUUGUGGGAAUACAUUCUGUACAAGAAUCACUGAAAACGCACACGCAGUGCCGCACCAAUUAUCACAGUAACAUCCCUUGGUCCUUUUCUACCACAAUUAAGAUGCCCACCUUUGAAAUUUUGUCCAAGGACCACAUUGCCUUACAGCACACAGCACCCUCCAAAACCUUGAUGCACAUUGGGGAUACUAUAUAUGCAGUACCAUUAAAAUGCAAAUACUUACUUGGAGUUGAGCUAAUAUCGUGCUUUCCCAAGCAGCAAGUGCUUAAGUUCAUUACUGCUGAAUGGGCAAAACAGAUGACUUGUUAAGGACUAUAAUUCAUAUUUAAUAUGCUAAUCUUGCUCAUAAUCAUAAAGGCAGUAACACCAUUGUUUACAUAGCACUGAUUAAAUGGUAGCUCAAACAAUAAUGAAGUAAGACUGUGAAGCAGCACAGGCUUUUGACUGUUUUCUCCUCCUCUCUUCUACCGGUUGUUAUCUUUUAGUUAUUUCUCAUGGGUUUACCUACAUUAGAUGCUAGACACCAAAUUUUCCAAGGUGUGGACAGAGGAGCUGAAGGUGUGAGUCUUCAUCACUAGAGGUCUUAAAUAGCAUGUUAGCCAAAAGUCCUUCGGGAAAGACUCCAAAAUAGCCGAUUCAGCCUUGGGGCUAGACCAGGUGACAGUGGGAAACACCUUCCAUCCCCUGCUUCUAAAGCUAGCUGAGAAACUCUCAGAUCAAUUGCACAACCUAUGUGCUGUUCAGUCUCUGCCGUCACCUGAAUGCAACGCUUUUAAACAGUGUUCAUAAUCAGAAUAAAACCUGACAAUAAAGUGGAGAUGCACCAAAAUUCUUUGUGUGUUUUUAUAUAUAGGUAUAUUAAAAGCCCCCUUAUAGUGCUUCCUUUUUUUCUGCGUGUAUGUGUGCAUACAUGUAUAUACACACAGAAAAGGAUGCACUAUAAUGGGGCUUUUAUAAAUCACUCUACAGGAAGACAAGAGCGUGAUGAAGGAAGACACCACUGUCACAGUUGUACUAAUGUGUGCUGUGCCUAAGGACGAGUGCUGCAUAACUGGAGAGUAACACGAUACUAAACCGCUGCCCAUAUUUCUCAGCCCAGUUACACUGAAUCUCUGCUACCGCAGGUCUUCUCCAGGGCUGAUGUGAUGCUGAUGACCCUCAUUUUACUCUUGCAGCAUUGAGGAAGACAAAAUGGAAGUAGAGUCUACUUCCUCAUACACUUAGUUGCUUUGUGAGGUCCAAGUGCCUAAGCAGCAAAGGCUAGAGGAGACAUAGGGAAGGGGGCCCACCUUCUUCCCCGAAGUUCCCUGUGAUUCAGACAAUCUCAUCCCUCACCUAAAAAUGCUAAUAAUGGCACUCUGCUUAUUUGGUAUUUAGGUUCCAAAACAUCCAAAAGAUUAUGAACCAUUACUAACUGAACAUGCAUAAUCAUAGAGUACUAACACCCUCAGCUCCCAACAAUGUUACUGACAGAAGAGAGGCCCACAAGAAAGCUGAUGCAAGCAAGCUCAUCGGUACCACCGCAUGCUACUGCAAUCAUCCAGCAUGAGUACCUACAGCUCAGCACUGACAGGGCACAUGGCCCUGCUGACCACUCAUGGGUGCGGGCUGCAGCCACAGAAACACAGAUGCUAUCAAAUGGAUGCAAGAUUGCACACUAGCUUAGAUAUUCAGUUCAAAAAAAAUGCUGUAUUAGGCAUAGAUUUCCUUUUCCCAGUCCCCUAAAUAAUGUAUGGCCAAGGUGUUUGUUAAAGAGCAAAAAUGAAAGACUCAAAAGGAGAACUUCAAGUUUACCAUUUAAAUAUUGUAUGUCAACCAUUUACUAAGACUCUUUGGAUGAAAAGUGUUUUCAUAACAGUACAUUAGGGAUGUACAUAAAUUCAUGAUGUAAACAAAAAAGGCCUGAAAUGAUUUGACAAGUUAUUGCAGUGUAUUAGUUGAGGAUUUGGGAACAGUCCUGCUUCCCCAUUUGAAAUGUAAGGUGGAACUUCUGCAGUAAACAUUUUGAUUUUCUCAACUCUGUAGUUCUACAUCAGCAAGUCAAGAAAUAUCAAACGUUUGAUUUUUCAAAAAGACCUAUGGUUGUUCAGUACUUCUAGGAAAAAAAAAGGAAAAAGGAGACAGGAACAGAGGAAGCCUUUGUUAGCUCUGGUUUUCAGUUCAGACAUCUCUUGGCUUGUGGUUUAAUCAGACUGUGCCUUUCUGCGUUAGCUAGGGGGAAACAAAAGCACAAACUCUUUAAAAGCUCCAAGUAUCUUCACUGAAUUUGUAGGGGUUUAAAAAAGAAAA